AGUGUAGGUUGUUUAAUUAUUUAGAAAAAUAUUUUGUAAUUUUUAUUCUAAAGUGUUUUACAUUCAAUUUAUUGACAGAGUUGGAUCAAAAUGUCUUUAAAUUUAAAUGUAUCAAUUGCACCACCAUUGAUAAAAAUGCACAAAAAUAGUACAAGAAAAAAUUAUGAUUAUAAAUAUGGUCAGAAAAAUAUUUUUAAUAAAAUAGAAGAACAUUUCAAAAUUAUUAGAGUGGAAAAAGUAUACAACCCCCAACUUUAUGGAAUGUAUUUGUUAUGUAAAGAAGAAUUACAAACAAGGAACAUAUUUGAUGUAAGGGAACUUAUUUUAUACCACGCAACUUCAUCAGAAAACGCAAUUGAAAUUUCAAAAAAUAAUAUUGAUUGGCGUGUAACUUCAAGGGCAAAAUAUGGUUAUGGUGCUUGUUUUUCAACAUCACCAAAGUAUGCAAAUAAAUAUUCAAGAGCUCAAGGAGGUAUAUCAUAAUAGUUUUUUAUUUACAUUUUUCAUUUAUAAUAAAUUAUUGAAUGGUUUUUUUU